AUGUCGACGCUGGACGAAACGACGCGUCUCUCGAUAAUUGCUGUACCAGUUCUUCCUCAAUUUGUCGUUUUGCAUGUAUCUUCGUAUCUUCGUUCGUGUGACAAUGAGAGAACCGUCGAGCAGAAAACCCGCGUUGCUCACAGCGAUACCGACACGCCUCGAAGAACGAGCGAGAGUCACGGAGCUGCGAAACGGAACGACAUGGGAGAAGCGAAGAAAGACGCAAGCGUAAGGCGGCGAGAUGCUGCGUGUUGUCGUGAGGAAAAGCAACAACACAAAAAGCAGAAAAAGAAGCAGAAAGCAGAAAAAAAAAUACCGAAAACGAAAGACGAAGACGAGAACAAUAAAACAGAAAGAUUUGAGAAGGGAGGUACGGGAGGCGUCUGGCAGGACAACAACAAAAACAAAGCGAUGCCAGCAGGAAGAGAAAGAGACAAGGGUGGGGCAGAGGACGGGAGGAUGUCAGCUUGCACUGUAAACAAGAAGGAUGGACCCAAAACAAAGUAG